UCACCCUCUCCCCCCCGCCCGCUCUUCCUUCCCCGGGUCCCGAGCACUGAAACCACCCCCGGACCCGGACCCGGCCUCUCCCUCCUUCCUCCCCUCGUUGCAGCUCGAUGGGAAUCUGAGCCCAGCGACAUGGGGCUGCACGACUCCUUCUUGGCGCUGCUGCUCCUUCUCGGGGGUGCCUGGGCUCAGCAGGCUGAAAUCAACGCCCGUGUCUUCAGGGCUCAGGACUGCCCCGUGGACCUGUUCUUUGUGCUGGACACCUCUGAAAGCGUUGCCCUGAGGGUGAAGCCCUUCGGGGACCUCGUGGCACAAGUGAAAGACUUCACCAACCGCUUCAUCGAUAAGUUGACCGAAAGGUACUUCCGCUGUGACCGCUUCCUGGCAUGGAACGCUGGGGCUCUGCACUACAGCGACUCUGUGGUCAUCAUCAAGGACCUCACUGCCAUGCCCAGCGGCAGGGCUGAGCUGAAGAACAGCGUGUCGGCCAUCAACUACAUUGGGAAGGGCACCCACACUGACUGUGCCAUCAAGCAGGGCAUCGAGCGGCUGCUCGUCGGUGGCUCCCAUCUCAAGGAGAAUAAAUACCUGAUCGUGGUGACUGAUGGACACCCUUUGGAGGGGUACAAGGAACCCUGUGGAGGCCUGGAUGAUGCUGCUAAUGAAGCCAAACAUUUGGGGAUCAAAGUGUUCUCUGUCGCCAUCUCACCCCACCAUCUGGACCAACGUCUCAACAUCAUUGCCACGGACCAUUCCUACCGCCGCAACUUCACUGCCACCAGCCUGAAGCCAACCCGGGACCUUGAUGUGGAGGAGACAAUCAACAACAUCAUCGAGAUGAUCAAAGACAACAUGGAGCAAUCGUGCUGCUCCUUCGAGUGCCAUCCUCCCCGAGGACCCCCAGGACCUCCUGGUGACCCAGGCCACGAGGGAGAAAGAGGAAAGCCAGGUCUUCCUGGUCAGAAGGGAGAUGCUGGAGACCCCGGCAGGCCAGGGGACAUGGGGCCCGUUGGCUACCAAGGAAUGAAGGGCGACAAAGGAAGUCGAGGAGAAAAGGGCUCGAGAGGAGCCAAAGGAGCCAAGGGUGAGAAGGGCAAGCGUGGGAUUGACGGCAUUGAUGGCAUGAAGGGAGAAGCUGGAUACCCUGGACUACCUGGCUGCAAAGGCUCACCUGGAUUUGAUGGCACACAGGGCCCACCUGGACCAAAAGGCGAUCCUGGUGCUUAUGGACCCAAGGGAGGAAAGGGAGAGCCUGGAGAAGAUGGAAAACCUGGCCGGCAGGGCAUUCCUGGGAGCCCUGGAGAGAAGGGUGCUCCUGGCAACAGGGGAGAGCCUGGACCCUUAGGGGAGACAGGGGAUGAGGGUUCCCCAGGCGCAGAUGGUCCUCCAGGAGAGCGGGGCAGCAAUGGAGAAAGAGGACCUCCAGGCUCGCCAGGUGACCGUGGGCCACGAGGAGAUCUGGGAGAACCUGGACCACCUGGUGACCAAGGACGGGAAGGACCUCUUGGACCACCUGGAGACCAGGGUGAGCCUGGACCCCCAGGACCAAAGGGCUACAGAGGAGAUGAUGGCCCCCGCGGCAAUGAGGGCCCCAAGGGAUCACCUGGAGCACCUGGGUUGCCUGGAGAUCCUGGCCUAAUGGGAGAAAGGGGGGAGGACGGUCCUCCUGGUAAUGGCACGAUUGGAUUCCCGGGUGCCCCUGGGCAGCAAGGAGACAGAGGGGACCCUGGCAUUAAUGGAACAAAAGGAUAUGUUGGUCCUAAAGGUGAUGAAGGAGAAGCUGGAGACCCUGGCAACGAUAACCCAACUGCUGGUCCCAGUGGCAUCAAAGGAGCAAAGGGCCACAGGGGUCCUGAAGGCCGCCCAGGACCACCUGGACCUGCAGGGCCUCCAGGGCCAGACGAGUGUGAAAUCUUGGACAUCAUCAUGAAGAUGUGCUCAUGCUGUGAGUGCACUUGUGGUCCUGUCGACCUCCUCUUCGUGUUGGACAGCUCGGAGAGCAUUGGCCUGCAGAACUUCCAGAUUGCCAAGGAUUUCAUCAUCAAAGUCAUUGACCGCCUAAGCAAAGACGAGCGUGUGAAGUUUGAACCUGGGGAGUCCCGAGUGGGCGUUGUGCAGUACAGCCACAACAACACGCAGGAGCUGGUGGCUAUGGGGGAUGCCAACAUAGACAACAUUGGGGCACUCAAACAGGCAGUCAAGAAUCUGAAAUGGAUAGCUGGGGGCACCCACACAGGAGAAGCCCUGCAGUUCAGCAAGGAAAACCUGCUGCGGAGAUUCACCUCCACCAAUAACGUGGCCAUCGUCAUCACAGACGGACGUUCAGACACGCUGCGGGACCGUACCCCACUGACCUCUCUGUGUGAGGUCACCCCGGUGGUUUCCCUCGGAAUAGGUGACAUUUUCCGGAACUAUCCAAACCCAGACCAACUGAAUGACAUCGCUUGUUUAGGCAUGCCAAGGAGACAAGGACUGUCCAUUCAGAGAGACAACUACGCCGAGCUCCUAGAUGACUCCUUCUUGCAGAACAUCACCUCGUACGUCUGCCGAGAGAAGAAAUGUCCAGACUACACCUGCCCAAUCACCUUUGCCAAUCCGGCAGACAUCAUGCUGUUGGUGGACAGCUCCACCAGCGUGGGGAGCAAGAACUUUGACACCACCAAGAGUUUUGUGAAGCGGCUUGCAGAGCGGUUCCUUGAGGCCAGCAAGCCUGCCGAGGACUCUGUGCGCGUCUCGGUGGUGCAGUACAGCGGCAGAAACCAGCAGAAGGUGGAAGUCCCAUUUCAGCGCAACUACACGGUCAUCGCCAAAGCUGUUGACAACAUGGAGUUCAUGAACAAAGCCACAGAUGUCAAUGCCGCUCUGCAGUACGCCAUGGGGCUGUACCAGCGGUCCUCUCGUGCUGGGGCUAAGAAGAAGGUGCUGGUGUUUUCUGAUGGCAACUCGCAGGGGAUCACCGCGAGGGCCAUCGAGAGGACUGUGCAGGAAGUUCAGCAGGCUGGUAUUGAGGUCUACGUGCUGGCAGUGGGCAGCCAAGUCAACGAGCCCAACGUCCGUGUGCUGGUAACGGGGAAGAGCGCAAACUAUGACGUUGUCUACGGGGAGCGUCACCUGUUCCGUGUGCCUGACUAUACCUCCCUGCUGCGUGGCGUCUUCUACCAAACUGUCUCCAGGAAGAUAGCUGUUGACUGAGCACCCAAGGGGGUUUCUACCAGGGCCGCUCCAGCUUCUCUCUCACCUAAAAAUGAAAAACGACAAGACAAAAAAAAAAAAAAAAAA